AUGGACGCAAAUUCAGGUGUCAACCGCCGAAUUGCGAUGAUCGCAACCCAUCUCUGUCCCCAGGCAGAAGAUGAUAUUUGUUUGAGGCGUAGCCAUUGUCGUGCCAAAGGUGGGGCUCCCGGAUUCAAAGUCGCCAUAUUGGGUGCCGCAGGAGGCAUAGGACAACCUCUGGCCAUGUUGAUGAAGAUGAACCCACUCGUCUCAGUUCUCCACCUCUACGAUGUUGUUAACACCCCUGGCGUCACCGCUGAUAUAAGUCACAUGGACACUGGUGCAGUUGUUCGAGGGUUUUUGGGGCAGCAGCAGCUUGAGGAUGCACUUAUAGGCAUGGACUUGGUGAUCAUCCCUGCUGGUGUUCCUCGCAAACCUGGAAUGACAAGAGACGAUCUCUUCAAUAUAAAUGCUGGAAUUGUUAAAACGUUGUGUGAAGCAAUUGCAAAGUGUUGUCCUAAAGCCAUUGUCAACGUGAUAAGCAAUCCAGUUAACUCCACUGUCCCGAUUGCAGCUGAAGUUUUCAAAAGAGCUGGUAGUUAUGAUCCCAAGAGACUUCUGGGGGUCACUAUGCUUGAUGUUGUUAGAGCCAAUACGUUUGUGGCAGAAGUUCUGGGUGUUGAUCCAAGGGAUAUGGAUGUCCCUGUUGUCGGGGGACAUGCCGGAAUCACAAUUUUACCUCUUCUUUCUCAGAUUAAACCUCCUUGCUCUUUCACCCCAAAGGAAACUGAGUACCUGACCGAUCGCAUACAAAAUGGUGGAACUGAAGUUGUUGAGGCCAAGGCUGGAGCUGGUUCUGCAACACUAUCAAUGGCAUAUGCUGCUGUUAAAUUUGCAGAUGCAUGCCUUCAUGCCCUGCGAGGAGAUGCUGGCAUCAUUCAAUGUGCAUAUGUUGCUUCACAGGUGACUGAAUUACCAUUCUUUGCAUCAAAAGUACGACUUGGCCGAGGUGGGGUCGAGGAAAUUCUUCCUCUUGGUCCCCUAAAUGAUUAUGAGAGGGAGAGUUUGGAGAAGGCCAAGAAAGAGUUAGCAGAAAGCAUUGAGAAGGGCAUUUCCUUCAUCAGAAAAUGA